AUGGUGCCGUCGCCCUACCUGCGCGAGGCGGAGCCCGAGGUCCUCGAGGAGCGGCCGUCGCUCACGCGGGGCUCGUCGCGGCGGUCGCUGUCGCUCCAGGUCUCGUCCCUCGCCCUCGGCGACGCGCGACGGGUCGUCGCCGUGAGUUUGAACGAGGGGGGAUUCCGCAUCGACGGCGUCGGCGACGCGGCCGCCGUCAAGGGCGGCGCCGAGCUCGUGGCCUUCGACGGCGCCCUGCGGCGCGUCGCCGACGACGACGGCCUCGCGGCCAUCGCCGCGAGCGACGUGCUCUUCGACGACGGCCUCGUCGAGGCCGCGGCCGCGGGCGACGACGCGCCGGCGAUCGAGCUCUGGCUCGGCGCGCUGCUGGCCGCGCCGGCGCUGGCGCCCCUGGCUUUGGCCUUCGUCACGGGCGGCCGCGUCUCCGGCGAGUUCGAGAUGGAGGAGGGGGCCAAGGCGCGGUGCGUCGUGCUCUACGACUUCUCGCCCGCGUCGAACUCGGAGCUCGCGCUCGUCGCGGGCGAGGUCGUCUACGUGGACGUCGCCGGCGGCGGGCCCGGCGAGCCCGGCGCGGCGGCCGUGGAGGCGGCGGCCGUCGACGGCUGGGUCAAGGGCGUCGCGGAGGCGUCGGGCCUCGCGGGCUACUUCCCGCUCGCGUACGUCGCCGUCGAGGAGGCGUCGAAGCCGCCGCCGCCGCCGUCCCCGAAGCGGGCGCCGGACCGGUCGUCGCGGGCCUACUCGAUGAAGUCGCUCGGCGCCUUCGACGACCUCAUGAAAAAAGGCAUCGCGCUCGAGGAUUUGGAGCCGGGAUCCGGCCGGCCGAGCGCGCCCGGCGACGCGGUCGCGGCGCGGUGCGCGGCGUCGGCCUGGGACGGCGGCUCGUCGGCGGCGACGCCCUUCGCGUCGACGGCCUGGGACGGCGAGACCGCGCUGACGCUCGUGCUCGGCGCGGGCAGAGUCUGCGCGGGCCUGGAGGCGGCGCUCGCGGGCCUGAAGCCCGGCGGCUCGCGGCGCGCGACGGUGUCGCCGGCCCUCGCCUACGGCGACGCGGGCCACCCGCCGGACGUCGCGCCGGGCGCCUUCGUCAUCUACGAGGUCGAGCUCGUCUCCGCGGCGCCCGCGAGCGACCCGGCCGCGGCGCCCGCGGGGCCCCUCGCGCUCGUCUGCCGGCCCGCCAAGGGGCCCGCGGUCGAGGGGGGGCGCAUCGACGCCUUCGACAUCGGCCGCUCCCGCGUCGAGCUCCUCCCCACGGUCCACGAGUGA